UUCGGAACGAAGCAGAACGGUAAAGGAAGAUGGCGUUCUUGGACUUGACAGCUUUUUCACGACUGCUCGUUUUCGUUGCUCCCCUGACGGUGGCACUUGUACCUGUUUUACGUCACGACGAACAACAAGAGGCAGACUUCAUCAAGGCUGAUGUCAUAUUCAUGAACAAUUUACAUCGGACGAAUCGUCAUGCACGUGACAGCUCGUCGGACCUGCGCGUGGUGAUUCGUAUCCAUAACGACAGUCUCCACCUAGAUUUGACGAGGACAUUCCACCUAGAGGAUCCCAUCAUUGUGAUGUCAACGGAGGAGGGAAAGUUAAGGAGGAGCCAGGAACCAGAACUGCGGGAUUAUUUACUUUACCAAGAUGUACAAAACGGAGCGUCUAUACUGGUACAUCACAUAACUGACCCCGACAAUUCCCGAACAUUACGAUAUCUGUUGGUUGAAUCAAGCUGGAAAUGA